UGGAGACUUUGGCUAGAAGGGCUAGUCUCCUCCUUCCUGUCAUUCUCCUCUCUAUGGUCGUUUGGCCUGCGCCUGCUCGGUUCCCAUGGUAGCAGUGCGCUCCUGUCAGGCAGUGUCGCGGACAGCCUGUUUGGGGUCCUGUCAUUGCCAGCAGUUCCGGGUCCACGUCUCCGGAGGGGGAUGGAGUUGGAAACCGAGGAGAGACCGUAACCGAAGCUCCCUACACCCGGUCCCUGUAGCAACACUGGUUACCGUCUGUCAAUACUGGGGCAUGUGACCGUUUAGACAACUUAAAAUCCUUGAAAAUCCUUCGUCAUGUCUUGGUUUACGGAUCUAGCUGGGCGGGCUGAGGAUCUCCUGAACUUGGUAGAUCAAGGAGCGGCUACAGCUUUAAGCAAGAGUAAAGAAGCAGAAUUAAUGGGGACUAAGACUUCCGAAUACCCCAGCCAUUACCCAGAAAAGGAGGAAAGCUCCGAGAAAUUCCAAUCGCGCGGAAAGUCCGCUUUCAUUUCUUCAGCCGCUGAAAACAUUAAACAUCAGAAGGCAACCGUGUUAGCCGGCACGGCAAACGUUAAAACGGGGCCCCGGACAUCCACGGACUCAUCCCAAAAUGCCUCUGCCAACCUCUCGUCGCACAGGGCUACCAGCCAGUUUGUGAGGAGGAAAAAAUCCGAGCCAGAUGACGAGCUGCUCUUUGACUUCCUGAACAGUUCCGACAAAAUACACAACGGCGGUCUGACUCCUAAGAAGGAAAUUAUUAAGGAGGGUGUCCCUCUCGCUACCCCUGUAGGAUCUGGUACCCUGAAAAUGUCUGAACCUGCGGCCACAACCUCUGAAGUUCCCUCAAGUAUACCCCACGAGUCGGCCUCUGCGUCAAGUUCUCAGGAGAACGCGGCAAAAGAAAGUAAAGGCUCUGAAGGUGAAACCAACUUAAACCAUUCAGCAAGUGGAGACCAAAAAUCCCACGAGCUGUCAAAUCUUCGACUGGAGAACCAGCUUCUGAGAAAUGAAGUGCAGUCUCUGAACCAAGAAAUGGCGUCUUUGAUACAGAGGUCUAAAGAAGCGCAGGAAGAGUUGAAUGAAGCUCGGACGAGGAUGGACAAAUGGAAUGGCGACAAUUCGAAAAGUGACAGAGUGGCGCGGGAGCUCCGAGCUCAGGUGGGGGAUCUUACCGAGGCCAUGGCAGCAAAAGAUUCCCAGCUGGCGGUCCUGAAAAUCAGGCUCCAAGAAGCUGAUCAAUUACUCAGCAGCCGCACAGAGACCUUGGAAACCCUGCAGAGCGAGAAGUCCAGAAUACUACAGGAUCACAGCGAAGGCAGCAGCCUUCACAGCCAGGCCUUGCAGACGGCGCAGGAAAGACUUCACGACGCAGAGGCGGCUCUAAAACGGGAGCAGGAAAGUUACAAACAGAUGCAGAAUGAGUUUGCGGCUCGCCUGAGCAAAAUAGAGGUGGAGCGCCAGAAUCUGGCCGAAGCCAUUGUUUUAGCGGAGAAAAAGCAUACGGAGGAGAAGAGAAGAAGCGAUGAUCUGCAGCAGCAGCUGAAAGCAGCCAAGGCGGCAGCGGACUCGGCGAAGCUAGAAAUGGCUGACUAUAAGCAGAAGGCCACGCGGAUUCUGCAGUCAAAGGAGAAACUAAUUAACAGUUUAAAGGAAGGAUCGGGUAUCGAAGGCUUGGACAGCCACACAGCCAGUGCGGUGGAACUGGAGGAGAUGAGACACGAGCGAGACCUUCAGAGAGAAGAAAUCCAGAGGCUCAUGGGGCAGAUCCAGCAGCUGAAGGCAGAGCUCCAGGACAUGGAAGGCCAGCAAGUGAGCGAAGCAGAGACAGCCAGGGAACAGCUGCAGGAUCUCCAAGAUCAACUUGCUGAGCAGAAGAGAUCCAAGCAAGAGAUCGAGGCAGAGCUGGAGCGACAGAAGCAGGAAUUUCAGUACAUACAAGAGGAACUUUACAGGACCAAGAACAGUCUGCAGGGCAGGAUCCGAGACCGGGAGGAUGAAAUUCAGAAGCUCAGGAAUCAGCUAACCAACAAGGCCUUGAGUAGCAGCAGCCAGACGGAGCUGGAGAACCGGCUGCACCAGCUGACCGAGACUCUAAUCCAGAAGCAAACCAUGUUAGAGAACAUGAGCACCGAGAAGAACUCGCUGGUGUACCAGCUGGAGCGACUCGAGGGCCAGCUCAAGAGUGUCAAGGGCAGCAGCGGGAGCGGAGCCUCUAUCAAUAUGCCCGGAGGGGACAGCGCGGAAGGUGCCCGCGUGAGGAAUGUCCCGGUCCUUUUCAGUGAUUCGGACCCAAACGUAGCUGGAAUGUAUGGAAAGGUCCGCAAAGCAGCGACCACCAUCGAUCAAUUCAGUAUCCGAUUAGGUAUUUUCCUCCGAAGAUAUCCAAUCGCUCGGGUAUUCAUUAUUAUCUACAUGGCGCUUCUGCACCUCUGGGUGAUGAUUGUUCUUCUCACGUACACCCCAGAAAUGCACCACGACCAUCCCUCCGGCAAAUAGAGACCAAGCCAAAGAAUCUCAUCUUCUUCAGAGGUGCCACAUUUUCUCUGUUUCAUAGAAACCCUUACAGACUGACAGCUGAUCGCAUCCCUCGAUAAGCAAUCUUAUUCCUCUCGUCUAUCAUAUGUGCUCCGGUGGGGGGGUUAUUAGGUGGUACGACGGAAGGGCUACGAAUAGACCGGUAGGUGGUCGGUGGUGGUGGUGGUAUAAAUUCUGCUGCAUCCGUGAGCAUCGAAUCAGUACGCAAACUAUAAUUCCAAAGGCGAAGGCUGGUCGUCAUUCUAAGGAACUGUCCAAAAUGUUAUUUAUUGUCCUGGCAAACUAUUAUCACAUCUCACAUGUCAUGACACUGACCCAUUAGGCCCUUCGCGGGCCAGGGCUGCGCUCGUGUCUGAAAGCCAAACCGUUAACAAGAUUCUCACAAAUGCGGAAGUUUUGGGUACAUUGUGUAAAUUAUCUAUCAUCAGGGACUGGAAAUGUAAGUAAAUGAAAUGAAAUAUAUGGUCCCGCUAUGUUUCCCAAAUUGGUUUUGCACUUGAACAGAUUUUAAAUGUAAAUACAAAGUUUUUUGUUGCCUCUUUAACCGGAUGAAAUAACUGUCAGGCGAUUAGUGCAAUCUUUUUUUUUUUUUUUUUUAGUGAAUAUCUUAAAGUAUGAAUAAAAUAUAAAAUCUACAUUUCUAUCGCAUUUUGUGACGAGGCAUCUUUAUUUUUAGCGUUGCUGUGUGUGUAUCUGUCACGUUGCUGGAAAUGACUGCUGCGAGUUCUUUAAUUGUCCUCCAGGAGGUGCUAUACGUCCGUCUGUACGCAGCCAUCUGCAGCGGCCGCAUUUUCUCGCCCUGCAGCGAGCACGGAUAGGUGAACGGUAUUCAGAGGAUGACGAUAAAGCUACAUUAUACCAAAAACGUGUCCGUCACCCUUACCUUUCAUAGUUUCUGGUGGUUUCCGUCCAU